GUGGGAUAUACAUUGGCAGACUUAGCAAAUGAAGGUGUGAAAAAGGGACCAUUUGGCCUCAUGUGUGAAGCUACACACACCUAUAUAACAGAAGCCAUCAGCACUGUGACCAUUCAAAGCAACGGCAACUGAAGACAUCUUAAGGACUAACCUCUGGUUUUACUUUGACAAAGGAUUUUCUAGAAAAAGUGAUGUACUUUUGCAGAACUUGAGGAAAAGAAGUCAAAGGGAAAAUGCUGAGCAUAGAUAUGUACCCCAGCUUGGGUCUGGGAUCUCAAAGAAUUGGGGAGUGCUUUUACAGAGAGCGGGACCCCGCUGCCCAUAUGCCCCUCUACCCUUCAACCUGCGAUGUUGUGGCCAAGACCUUAUCACAGAGACUACUGCCUCCUCCAACCGCCCCCAGUGAUUCUGCCACCAGCCAACUCACCAAGGGCCAAGAGGAGAUCAAAAUGGAGCUGGAGAAUGCCUCUUUAUGGAAGCAGUUUAGCUCUGUGGGAACAGAAAUGAUCAUCACCAAGAAGGGCAGACGGAUGUUUCCAGGGUUGAAGCUGAAACUGUUUGGCCUAAAUCCAUCACUCCGAUACAUCCUGCUCUUGGACAUAGUUCCCAUGGACAACUCAAGGUACCGAUUCCAAGGCAGUGGAUGGCAAGCAGUGGGUGGUGCUGAGCCCAGACUUCCCGACCGUGUAUUCAUUCACCCGGACUCGCCCGCCACUGGGGCUCACUGGCAAAGUCGCACCAUUUCCUUCCACUAUGCCAAGCUCACCAACAACACACUGGACUCACAGGGACAUAUAAUUCUCCACUCUCUUCAUCGCUACCAGCCUAGAAUCCAUGUAGUUGAAGCGAGAGAUAUCAUGAGAUGGGGUGGCGGACAGCGAACCUUUGUGUUCCCUGAGACACAGUUUAUCACAGUCACAGCCUACCAAAACAAUAAGAUCACAGAGCUGAAGAUCAACUCAAACCCAUUUGCAAAAGGUUUUAGAGAAGACGGCAUGAACAGCAAAAAACAAAGAGACGCAAGACAGAAGCGUAAAUUAGACCAAAUUACAGAAACUUUGGAUAUCGUUAAUUGCGAUCCAUGUGAUUCAACAGAGGCUCUGUCCCAGCCCACAGUGACCUCCACUCAACCUCCGGGCCUGCAGACUCUGGACUUGUCCUGUCUACCUGCUCUGCCAGACCCCAGCUGUGGGUACAGGCCAGAGGAGACAGCUUACCAAGACACCCUUGUCCCAGAGCAGACCCUAGACCUGGGACAGGCUUUUAUGACUGACAUCAAUAUUCCACUGUCCAAUGGAAUGCAGGACCAAGGAGGAAGUGAUGUGCCAAAUGACCACAUUGAAAAUCCUGAAGAUCAGCUUGGUGACCCAGCCUACACCUCCAGCUUCCCUCCCUCUCAGCCAUCACAGUUUCCCCCUUCUGCCCUCCCUCCGCAGGCUUCCUCAUACCCGCCCCUUUCCAUCCCAGACUCUUCUGACCCCACCGGUAAUGGCCCACCCUCCCUCUCUGCUCCUCCCCUUGACUACCCCACCAUCUUGGCCUCCUCUCCCACUCUGUCCCCCUCCUCCACCACCACCCCGGCCCUGCAGCAGACCACCUUCACCUUCCCCACUCCACCCCACUCAAACUCCUCCUCCCCUCAACCUCUCAUUGAUACCCCUCCAACUAACUCCUACCACUGCAACCCUGACACGCCAGUCGACCCUUCUUACUCACUGUCUAACCCCACUUGUGAUUCUGGCCUGCAUGACCAAAUGUCUGCUCACUCUAUGCUCAAUCAGCCAAUAAAUGAGCCUAUGACUAAUACUGCUGUGAAUGUCCCUCCAGAAUUCACAUAUCCAAAUUUUCUUCCUACAAAUCCACCCCCUAUCCAAGCUCUCCCAAACCAACUUCCUACUCCCUCUUUGUCUGGUUGUCUUCCAACCUAUGGUAAUCCUACAUCUUUCGCUUUCCCUCCACACAUGCAAAAUCUAGCAUUCACUAAUAUGGCUACAAACCCAUCCCACCCUGGUCACCCAGCCUUGCACCUUCCAAAUCUGAGCCACCAACCACAAGCACCCUCUCUCGCCACUCCCUUUCCUCCAACCUCUUUCCCUCAUUCGGCACCCACACUGUCCCAUCCGCAAUUUCAGUCCAUGCCUGGUCCUUCCAACUCCCAGGCCCUACCAAAUGCACCUGCCCCUCCCCCUACCACUACUUCCUACCCUCCAGUCGACCUAGGUGCGAUCCCUCAGUUCAGCUCUGGUGCCCCCUAUCGCCCAGAUAUAGUACGGCACCACCCAUCUCUCCUGCCCCAGCUCGAUCUUGCCACAACACCUGCAAACCCGGCUAUGUAUUCUUCCUUUCCCUCAUACCCUUUGAGACUCCUACCAUCCCAGGAGCCCCACACAUCUCUACCCCUCCCCCUGAGGCACCUGUACAGGCAGCACCAGCACGGUCCCACCCAAGGGACCUACCUGGACAUGGGAGCAAGAGCUGUAUUUUAAAAUCCAUGUGCAUUCUGAUGUCUUUGAUAGCGCUUUUUAGAAAAUGUGUGUUGCCAUCUCUAGUUUGAA